CCAGAAAAUAAUGACCUUUCGUGUCCUUAAAACUUCAGUUGCUUACAAACUCCAAGUGCGGUAGUUUCAUUGUCAUUGACUUACGCACCGUUCGUUAACUUCCGUCUCGUUGAACUUCAACUUCUAUUAAUUUUCCAAAGCCUACCAAAAUGGUCUGGAUUACCGACCACGAUCAGAUGGCUGGAAAGCCGAAUACGCAAGCUUUGUACGCUCAGAGCCAGUUAGAUCACCUAUGCGCCCUGGACAUCGAAAAUCAUGCGUCGUUCGUUCGUCUUUCUGGAAUCAUUUGCACGAUCGGACCGGUUUCGAGGUCCGUCGAAAUGCUCGAGAAGAUGAUCGAGACAGGCAUGAAUAUUGCUCGAAUGAAUUUCUCCCAUGGAUCUCACGAAUACCACGCUGAGACUAUCGCUAAUGUACGAGCGGCGCAGAAGAAUCUUUCCAGCCGUACGGGCAUCAAUGUUCCCGUGGCGAUUGCCCUGGACACCAAAGGUCCUGAAAUCCGUACCGGUCUCUUAGAGGGUGGUGGAUCCGCUGAAGUCGAGUUAGUUAAAAACCAAGCUUUUAAAUUAGUUACCGAUAAAUCCAUGAUGGAAAAGGGUAACGCAAGUGCAGUUUUCGUUGAUUACGAGAACAUCACGAAGGUACUGAAGCCUGGAAGUCGCGUGUACGUCGAUGACGGUUUGAUUUCUCUCGUGGUCACCGCAAUCACUCCUGAUGCGGUCGUCACCACUGUUGAGAAUGGUGGAAUGCUCGGUUCUCGUAAGGGCGUCAACUUACCGGGUUCCCCGGUAGAUCUGCCAGCGGUCUCCGAAAAGGAUAAAUCCGAUUUGCAGUUUGGCGUUGACCAGGAUGUCGAUAUGAUCUUCGCUUCAUUCAUCCGAGACGCGAAGGCUCUGGCCGAGAUCCGCUCAAUCCUUGGCGAGAAGGGGAAGAACAUUAAAAUAAUAUCCAAGAUUGAAAACCACCAGGGCAUGGCGAAUCUCGACGAGAUUAUCGAGGCCUCUGACGGUAUUAUGGUAGCUCGUGGCGACCUUGGUAUUGAAAUACCGCCGGAGAAAGUAUUCUUAGCGCAGAAGUCUAUGAUCAACAGAUGUAACAAAGUUGGAAAGCCGGUGAUCUGCGCUACGCAGAUGCUGGAGUCUAUGGUGAAGAAACCGCGCGCAACCAGAGCCGAAACUUCGGACGUAGCGAAUGCUAUACUCGACGGGGCAGACUGCGUUAUGUUGUCAGGUGAAACUGCCAAGGGAGAAUACCCAUUGGAGUGCGUGCGCACAAUGGCUAACAUCUGUAAGGAAGCGGAAGCUGCCAUUUGGCAGACGCAGAUCUUCCACGAUCUCUCGUUGAAAGCAUUACCUCCGAUCGAUGCCACGCACGCGAUCGGAAUCGCAGCGGUGGAGGCGUCCGUGAAAUGUUUAUCUAGUGCUAUCAUCGUAAUCACAACUACCGGACGCUCCGCGCACCUAGUUGCCAAGUACAGACCGCGCUGUCCUAUCAUCGCAGUAACCAGAUUCCAUCAAGUCGCACGACAAGCGCACCUUUACCGUGGCAUCUUGCCUCUUUACUACGAAAAUCCUCCAUUGGCUGAUUGGGUGAAGGACGUUGACGUCCGCGUUCAAUUUGGUCUGAAAUUCGGCAAAACCCGGGGCUUCGUCAAGUCUGGCGAUGCAGUCGUAGUGAUCACGGGAUGGAAACAAGGCUCAGGAUUCACAAAUACGCUCCGUAUAGUGUACGUAGAUAUAGAAAUUGCUCCUGACGAUGAUGCAUGUACUGUACAUAGUGAUUCAGAUAGUUACGAAUCCAUCAUGUGAUUUUUGCAUGUCUUUCAAAUUAUUUUGUAAGGUAAUUGCAUGCGCUGAUUAUUAAAAUUAAUUUCAUUUUAUGCGUUUGUUCUCUAACCGAGCUUAUCAAAUAAACGAAUUAAUUUGUA